CUGCUCCAUACGGACUCUUGCCAGGAUGCGAUGCAAUGGGGAACACCUCCAGCUCUCAUAAGAUUUCGGCACAGGACCGGGCAAUCCUCGACCUAAAAAACCAGCGCGACAAACUCCGCCAAUACCAAAGACGCAUUACCGGUCUAACAGACCGCGAAACAGAGAUCGCCAAGAAAUGCCUAGCUCAGAAUGAUCGAAGGCGAGCGCUGCUCGCCCUGCGCCGCAAGAAAUACCAAGAAUCGCUCCUGGCCAAAACAGACAGCCAGCUGGAGACCCUGGAAAAACUGGUCAACGACGUCGAGUUUGCGCUCGUCCAGAAGAGCGUCUUGCUUGGUUUGCAGCAGGGGACUGAAGUGCUCCAGGCGAUUCACAAGGAGAUGGGUGGUAUUGAAGGUGUUGAGAAGCUGAUGGGUGAAACGGAUGAUGCGAGGGCUUAUCAAGAGGAAAUUACCGAGAUGCUCGCGGGUCGGCUGUCGGCGCAAGAUGAGGAUGAGGUUGAGGAUGAAUUGGCCAGCUUACAGCGCGAGAGGCAGGGCCCCGUUGUUUUACCGAAUGCUCCUGUGGGACAACCGGUGAGAGGGCCAGAGGAGGAUGAACCUCCGGUCGAAGAAAGAGCGAGGUCUGAGCCACAGGGCGCAAUGCUCGCUUCCUGAUUGAUAUACAUUCGUUGCGCAGUUGAAAG